ACCCAGUUAAUCUGUGGUUAUCGGCAGGCAAAAAGGGAACAGAUAAAAGAUGGAGAAAUCACGAAGGCUGAUGAUGGCUGUGGCGAGUCUGCUGUGUUGUGCGGUGCUGUGCAACGGUUCCGAGUCGCCACAGUACGUGGUGGUGCACUCGGAAUCGGAUUUCGAGAUCAGGUUCUACCGAGACUCCACCUGGAUGUCCGCCCGUGUCCUUGAUCUCUCCUUCCAGAAAGCUACCUUAUUUGGCUUCCACAGGUUGUUCCAGUUCACCGAAGGAGCCAACCUGAAUUUCUCUCGGCUUCCAAUGACGGUUCCGGUGGUGACAAGUGUAGUUCCAGGAGCAGGGCCGCUUCACUCGUCAGCCUAUUACGUCCGGCUCUACCUGCCCACAAAGUUCCAGGACAGCCCACCCGUUCCCCUCCCUGAACUGAAAUUGGAGCCCUACACAUGGGACAGUCACUGUGUAGCCGUGAGGAAGUUCUCCGGAUUUGCCACGGAUGAUACCAUAUUAAAGGAGGCGGAGACACUGGGCAACAGCUUGAGCAAGACUCCCUGGGCAAACUCCACUUCUUACACUGACUAUGCCUACUCCAUUGCUCAGUAUGAUCCUCCAUUCCGCUUCAUUAGCCGGGUUAACGAGGUAUGGGUCGAUAUUGAUGCCUCUGGAACUGGAUUAGAUAUGUGCAAUUCCACUAAAAUAGCUUCAUACUGAAAGUACUGCAUAAUCAAUUGGUGAUGAAUCCUUCCUGAAGGAACUCAUGUAUCCUAUGUUUUCCUUAUGUACAUUUAAAUACUCAUAUAUGGAUCUCAUAGUAUCCCAGUAUCCCCAUCUACGAUCCAUGUACAUGUAAAUACCCAAAAUAAAAGAAUUGUGAAAUGGGUCUCGAUAUCUAUGUACUGUAUGAUAGAUAUAUCAUAUAUUUUAUGAUAAAUCAGUGUAAUUAUA